AUUGUAAACAAAUUACGACUCUUGUGUGCUAAAUGUUCUCUAUUAUAAUUUUCAAAGAAAAAUUUCACAAUUUUAUCGGUUUGAAAAAAACCCAUUGGCAAUUUCAAGUGGAUUUUCUGAUUAUGGAGAGCCAACUAAAUCAUAACAUUUGCAUUAAAGUGGAGAAAUGUGAUGGAAUGGAAGACCCAUUCAGCAAUUUAUCCAUUCCAGCGGCAGCGUCAAUGGUAAAAGAAGAAAAAUGCGACUUCGGUGACAACGUAAUUUAUCAAAGUGUGCCAUGGGAACAAAAUAAGGAACAAAAUAUCGUGAAUUUUGUAAAACAGAACCAUACUUUAUUCGAGUACGAUGAGAAUACGAUAAUUAAUACGGAAAUUAAAAUUGAAGAGCCAGUAAUAGAAGGUAAUUCACAUAAAGUGAGUUCGCGCCAAAAACAAAAACAAAAACAAAAGAAAACAACAUCCAUACAAAAGAAGAAAACGGAGAAAGUAUCGAACGCACCGAAACCGAAACCAAAACCAACGGCGAAAAGAAAAAAUAAAACCCCUGUUCGUCCAGAAAUAGAAUAUGUUCAAUGCGUAUACUGUUCUAAGCGGUUAAAUUCACAAUUUGCUUUGAUUGCACAUUUCCAUCGUCGCCAUUCAGAAGAACUUCAAUUUCAAUGUCGAAUAUGCACACUGCGAUUCCAUACUGCCAAACAAAAGCAUAAACACGAGUCAAAUUGUAAGAUCCGUCGAUAUGAGUGCUAUGUAUGUGGUUUCAGUUUCGUUGAAUGUUGUGCUAAAUAUUUUUCAAUUUUACGAGUCUUGAAAUCACAUUUGAAAAAAAAUCAUCCAUAUAAAACAUCAACGCAUUGCUUUUUUUGUGAAAGAAAAUUUAAAACAAUUUUCAAGGCAAGAGAACACGAAAGGAAUUGUUCGCGUCAAAAUAAUGUGGAAUGUUAUUUAUGUAAAGUCACCUUUAAGUAUACAUGGAGUUUGAGACGUCACAUGCAACAACAUACACGCAUGAUAUGACUACUUUCGAUUUCGAAUACCGGAAAAAAGAACGUUCGCAAGAACUUUCAUUUAAAGACAAAACAAUGGAACUAUUUCCUGUACAGUGUGUGACUUUUUUGUAAAUUCGUACUGAUAAACACAUGCAGAGUGAUACAAUGAAAAGAAAAGUAUUUUAAUGCAUCCGGUUCAAUCAUAUCUUAUUCUCAAAUAUUUUUCGGAAAUAGACAUUAAAUAAGGAUUAUAUUUUCAUUUUGUACAGAGUAAAAGUAAAAACGG